UUAAAUCGCGGUAAGGAUUACCCCCUCCGCCAGCGCGAUUUUUAAAAAGUGUUAUAUUUGACGCUAUAUCUACAUUUCCGUUUUUUAAAUGUGUGGGUAUGCUCUAAAGUGGCUGUGACUUUUGUUUUGCAAGGGAGUGACCAUCUAGUGCCGAACGGUGGAUUUGCUAAUAACUGGAUUUCAUUAAAUGCAUGGAACAAUGUUUUUGGUAGUUUCGCUUCUCGUGAUUGGCACUGUUAAGGCGAAUGUUGUUUACAAGGAAGGACGUACGGAUGAUCAAAACGCCACAGACGUCCAUUUGGAAUACGUGCUUCUAAACGAAGACAACCCCUGUGCCAGAACUUGCACGCAGGGUGCUUCUCCUAUGAUCUGUCGGUACCACUUUAAAAUAGAAUAUUACCACACGCUCAGCAAGGCUUGCUACGAUUGCCCUCUCAACACUAGCGACUGUUUCCGACAGGACUGCGUCCCGGGUGACGGGCACAAGAGGGCUGUGGUCACCAUCAACAGACAGCUGCCUGGACCCACCAUAGAGGUAUGCCAAGGCGACAUCAUCGUGGCGGAUAUCACCAACAUGCUGAGCAGCGAGGGGACCACCAUCCACUGGCACGGGCAGCACCAGAAGAACACCCCGUAUAUGGACGGAGUGCCUUACGUCACCCAGUGCCCCAUCCUGCCCCACGACACCUUCAGGUAUACCUUUAAGGCGGCGCAGGCUGGGACGCAUUUCUGGCACUCCCACAUAGGGAUGCAAAGGGCGGACGGCGCCUUCGGGGCAUUCAUCGUGAGGGUACCGGAAGAACAAGAUCCACACUUCCAAUUCUACGAUUACGACCUUUCCGCUCACGUGAUCGCUGUGUUAGAUUGGGAGAAAGAAACGGGGUUGGAAAAAUUCUUGGCUCACCACCACAACGACGCCGACAACAAGCCUACGACUUUGCUGGUAAACGGUUUGGGGAGAUUUAAAGAAUUCGAUGACGGGACGAAUACGACUGUGUAUACCCCAACUGCCAGAUUUAAAGUGGAACAGGGAUACCGGUACAGAUUUAGGGUGAUUAACGCUGGGUUUUUGAACUGUCCUAUAGAGAUUUCAGUGGACAAUCACACGCUGAAAGUUAUCAGCACAGAUGGCAGUGACAUCGCACCAACCGACGCAACAUCCCUGGUGACCUACGCCGGAGAACGUUUCGAUUUCAUCCUCAACGCCGACCAGGACAAGGCCAUGUAUUGGAUGCGCUUCAGGGGCCUGAUGGACUGCGACGAGAGGUUCAAGCGAGCCCACCAGGUGGCCGUGUUGGAGUACGAAGGGUUGAACACGACUGUGGAUGAUUAUCCUGAGGGAGUCGCCGAUUACGAUGCCUCUCAUCACGAUGGAACCCAAAUAAAUGCUUUGAAUCGUGGUAUUGAAAGCAAUUCGACCUACAUCAGUAUGCCCCAGCUGGAGUCAUUGGAAAAAUGGGACACUUCUUUAAAGUCAAAACCUGAUCUUCAGUAUUAUAUUGCUUACGAUUUUUAUGAGCUGGACAAUUCUCACUUUCAUAAAGCACCAUACUACGGAUUUAAUAACAUAAGUGAUAUAAAUCUGGCCCUGCUCACACCCCAGUUCAACCACAUCUCCAUGAAGACGCCUUCAUUUCCGCUUCUUCCCCAAAGAAAUGAAAUAACUAAGGACAUGUUCUGUAAUAAAGAUACCGUCAAGGACAAAAACUGCGUCGAAAAUUACUGCGAGUGCCCUCACGGUAUACACGUGCCUUUGGACGCCGUCGUCGAGCUGGUCUUCGUCGACGAGGGCUUCGCCUACGACGCCAACCACCCCUUGCACAUCCACGGACACAAUUUCAGGAUAGUCGCCAUGGAGCGGCUGGGCGAGAACGUCACCGUGGAGGAGGUACAGGAUAGAGACAGGCAGGGACUCAUCAAGAGGAACCUGUUGGACGCCCCGCUUAAGGACACCGUCACCGUGCCCGACGGGGGGUACACUAUUGUCAGAUUCGUGGCGUCAAACCCAGGAUACUGGAUUUUCCACUGCCACAUAGAAUUCCACACGGAAAUCGGCAUGGCCUUGGUGCUAAAGGUGGGGGAAGACGACGACAUGUUGCCGGUUCCUCCAAAUUUCCCUAGAUGUGGGGAUUAUUUGCCGGAACCCACAACGUGCGAAGGCGACCACUGUGAUAAGUGUACAGACUGCAACAACGCUUCAAGAAUGAAGACAGUUUUGUUAUAUGUUAUUGUUUCUGUUAUUGCAAUCAUCCUUUUAAGGUAGUUUAAGUCAUCAUAAUGUUGCCUUAGGAGGCGUUUGCCGCCAUGUGAAUAUAUAGACUGAUUUAAAUCUAUGAAACUAUUUGUUAUAUAAUAUUUAAUGUUACGAUUGUAAAUUCUCUCUAAAUAUAAUUUUUCAU